AUGGCGUUCAUUAAUACUGAUAUAAUACCCUCAAUAAAUCCUGAGAAAUAUACAUGCAAAUCAGGAGUAACUCCCGCGGAAGUGAAUUAUGCUGAUUCUCCUCUCACUCUACUGCAAAUCAAAAGUAAUUUCAAGGACAUCAACGGGCAUGAGUCUUCUCUCAAUCAUCCUGAACUUCUCCUUGCUGGACUCCGCUACUCCUCUGCCAUCACCUCCAAAGCCCUGCUGAGUUUCUCAGUGUGGAGCAGAGCCAUCUCCUAUAAAGGCUGUGCUGCCCAAAUGUUCUUCUUCUCUCUCUUUGGGAUCAGCAAGGCGUUCUUCCUGGCCAUGAUGGCUUAUGGACUUUUCACUAUCCUCUGCGAUUCAGGCAUCAUAUUCAAGAUGACUUGUGUUUGCCUGGUGGCUGGCUUCUACCUCUCAAGCUGCCUCAACUGCACCAUCCAAAUGGGUUUUACAUUCAGCUUUUCCUUCUGUGAGAUCAGGAAAAUCAAUCACUUUUUCUGCAACAUCCCUGCUGUGAUGCAGGCCUCCUGCUCUGACACCUUUGCCAAUAAACGUCUGAUGCUGUUUGCAGGUGGCUUCUCCAUAGUGAGCACUUCCCUAGUCAUCAUCUCCUGUAGCUACAUCAUCGCCACCGUCAUGUGGACACCCUCUGCUGAGGGAAGAUGCAGAACCUUCUCCACCUGUAUCUCCCAAAAGGUGGCUGUGAGCUUGUUCUUUGGGACAGUCUCCUUUACAUAUGCUCAGCCCAAGGCCGUAUCCUCCCCUGAUCAAAGCAAAGUGGUCUCUGUGUUCUACACCACUGUCAUCCCCAUGCUGAAUGCCUUGAUCUACAGCCUGAGGAACUAA